AUGUGGACUUCCAAUAGUAUCACAACACUGACUCCGCCGUCCGCCAGACGUCUCUCGCUUCGCCAUGGCGCCUCGGCAGCGGAUAUUAAGGCUUACAUGAGGGACCUCUUCCACGAGCUCGAAACUACGCGGCUCGCCGGCAUCCCGCUCUCUGCCGACGGCUGGCGACGCCGGACUGCCGGCGCGCCGCGGCUGCAGGACUGCUACAAGAUUGGGCGGGAUCUGGGGCGCGGGCAUUUCGGCGUGGUGCGCGAGUGCGCAGAUGCGCGCACGGGAGAGCGGUUCGCAUGCAAAACCAUUCUCAAGGACCAGAUACAGCGGCCCGAGGACCUCAAGGAGCUCCGCGCGGAGGUGCUCGUUCCGCUGCUGCUGCAGGCGGAAGCGGAGCCGGCGGCGGCGGCGCGGAAGAGAGAAUCUGGUCAGCGCGCGCCGAAAGCUGCUGGCUUUGUGCGCCUAUUUGAGGUUGCGGAGGACGAGUCCGCGCUGCAUCUCAUCGUGGAGCACUGCGCGGGAGGGGAUCUCUUCGACCACGUCGCGCGCAACAAGCGCCUCGCGGAGCGCGAGACCGCGGGGAUAUUCCGCCAGGUCGUCUCCGCCGUGCUGCGCAUGCACGCGUGCGGAAUCGUUCACCGCGACCUCAAGCCAGAAAAUAUCUUCCUCCUCCGCGCGCCCUCCGCCUGCUGCGCGUCCGCCACUCUAGCCAGCGCAACAGUCGACGCUCGCGCCGACGCAACUUCUGCGGAAUCUUCUGCUUAUGUUCAACCUUCAGUACCUUCCCGUCCUGCCCUGCCCUCUCCUGCCGUGCUCCCUCCUCCUCCUCUACCUCCCACUCUCUCUCCUCCUCUUACGCAUCAGCAACCCCUUGUGCCUCAGGAGCUGAACUCUGAAUCAGGUGGCUAA